GCCAUUUCAAGGUCUUCACAGUAGCGCAUCAAAUAAAAGGUUUUGGAAAUGUCAAUGCAGGAAUUCUCGGAUAAUUUAUCCACUUUGUCGUACAUGUCUCGACGUCGCAUUCCAACGUGGGUAUAUGAUCCUAAGAACAGAACUCUUUUCGGCCGCACAUGCUGCAGCUGGACUCUCUGUAUUUUGUUCUACUUGAUAUAUUAUGCUUGCCUGGCAACAUUCUUCACCUGUUUAUUGUGGUUGGUAUUGUAUUGCAACGCCCCAGAGAACCAGCCGGCUAGAACUGGAGCUCAAAGUUUACUAGAUUUCAAGCCAGGCCUUGGUUUCCGUCCACUAUUAAAUGUUCAAAAAUCUCUCAUCCAUUAUUCUUCUGGCGAUUCCCAAACCUAUCUACCAUACACUCAGAACAUAGACGCGUAUUUAGAUACGUAUAACCAGGUUAACGCGAAGCCCGAUAGUCAAUUUGCCAGUUGUAAAGGCAAGGAAGGAGAAACAAAAGAUGUGGAUAAAGUUUGCAAAUUCCCUCUUGAGAGUUUGGGACCUUGUAACACUUCAAAUAAUUAUGGUUACGAUAGUGGAACACCUUGCGUUCUUCUUAAAGUAAAUAAGGUGUUUGGAUGGAUGCCGUCUAUUGAAAAACCAUCUCAAUCAAAUGAUAUCUUGGUUAGUUGUUCUGGACAAAAUUCUGCAGACGAGGAAAAUAUUGGUCCAUUGACUUAUUAUCCUUCUAAAUCUGUUGGUGGAAAACGAUAUGGGGUAUUCAGUAGUGCUUAUUAUCCAUAUCUUGGGCAAGCGGGUUAUCUUGGCCCAUUAGUUGCUGUGGAAUUUAAAGCACCUAAAAAAAGCGUCGCUAUUUUGGUUAAAUGUGCAAUUUCCAAUGUUCAAAAUGCCAAUAAAGAUGAACUGAAUUUUGAAAUAAUGGUUGAUUAGAAACUGUCACUGACAAUGAUAUCAAUAAUUAGUCUCUAUAUAGUUACAGAAAUGGACAACCCUAAUCACAUCCCAUGAUCCUGUUCUUAAGUUGUUAGUCAUUUAGCUACUGAACAACAUUUAAGUAGUUUAACAUUGAAGAAUCAAUGGUUGGUUCCGACACCAAAUGCAUUGGUUAAAACAAGAUUAAAUUGAAGAAUUGAUAAUAAAAUACACUGAAAAGCCUCCUCAGUUCGACUUUCAGUGUAUUUUAUCAUCAAUUCUUCAAUUUAAUCUUGUUUUAACCAAUCCAUUUGGUGUCGGAACCAACCAUUGAUUCUUCAAUGUUAAACUACUUAAAUGUUGUUCAGUAGCUAAAUGACUAACAACUUAAAAACAUGAUCAUGGGAGGUGAUUAGGAUUGUCCAUUUCUAUAACUAUAUAACUACUUAUACUUAAUGACUAUAGAAUAUUGUUAACAUGAAACUUUUUGUUUUUGGGAAGUUAAUUUUCGGUUCAAUCGAACAAUAGAAAUACAUUAUGAAAGUUAAAUAAAAAUUUGCUCUUAUAUUUUGUAGUUAAAAAACUCGAUACAGAAACAUUAGAUUUGUAUCUAUUUAGAAUAAUUUAUCUUAAUUGUUUUGAAAAAGAACUAAAUAACUUUUAUUGUUUCCAUAUUUGAAUCUAAUUUAAUUGAUGUUGUCUAAAUCAUUUCUAUGUAAUUUAUUAUUACCAUUAUUAUUCUAUUAAUAAAGAUAAAUUUAGAUAGAAAA